GUCUUGCUAAUUUCUAUUUUACUAGGAAUUUCAGUGGCUUCCUUGGCUUUCUUUACGACUGGCAGUGUUUUCUUUGUUGCAGCACUAAUAACUUGUCUCUAUGUAAAAAGAGAAUUGGCCAGGAAAAAGUAUGGUAAAUAUGAAAUAGACAGCCGUUCCCUUGGUGAAUCAGCUUCUCAAAUCUACACCAGAAUGGAAGAAAACGUGUAUCAGGAAUGUGAGCAGUCAUCAAUUUUCUAUAAUGAUUCAGCUAACUCGAUUUGCCUCAGUCAAUAUGACAGAUCUCAUCUACUCGAAGGAAUGAAAGAAAACAAAGCAAAACCAUCCAUACUGUCUCUCCUGAAGAGGAAAAAUAAAUGUUCUGGGAAAACGGCAAAGCCAGGAUACAUAUACGUAAUUGGAUCACAAGAAAACAUGACAGAAGUGGCUUCUGGAUCUGGAGAAGCACCACUCCGUUUACAAAUAACAGCAGGACCACCCCUUCAACCAAUGCUUCCUCUUCCAUUACCAAGUUCACACAUUGCAAGAGCAACAGUCCAUACAUAAUACUACUAUUGGACUUUUGCAAGAAGCACCGACUUUUACAGUUAGCGGUACACUUUGACAUUUACAUCUGCGUCAUGUAUGGAGAUACAUAAUUGAUAAUGGAUAAGAAAACGUUUCUAGUGGUAAUAGGUAGGGUUUUAGGGACUCUAACAUGAGAAGGCC